UAACCUCAAAUUUAGGGACGAUUUAUUGAAAAAAUAUUUUAACGUUACCCCCGAAACGUAAGACGUACCGAAAAUUUACGACCAUUUUUCUAUGUAGAAAGAUGCGUCCAUCAAGACCAUCAAAACCAUUUCCAUCAAAAUGUUUUAUUGGCGAGCUUUUGCGAGCAUUGGCUUUACAUCUAGAAGACAGAGAGACGGACAGACAGACAGACAAAGAAACAGUUUUAGUUUAGACUCGGAAAUUAAACUCCAAUCAAGAAUGUCUGGUGUUAUCUUAUGAGAUCGACUCAACAUCUGAUGUUACAAACUGCAGCGUAAAUCUAAUAUGCCAUCCAUCAUCAGCAAGUGAUCAUGAAAAUGUGCGAUAAGACUGCCUAAUAGAGUAUUUGCUGUAAGUUUCUUUGUCAGCUCAACGAUAGUCAUGAUGAUUAAUUAUUAUAAAUAUGAGAAACAUUCGCUUUUCGCUUUUUAGUACAUAACGGCGGCGGUCACUAGAGACAAAUUAAACAAUAUGUUUAUUUAUUUAAUUAUUUUGUUUUGUACAUUUUUAUUGUACUAUGCUCGUUGGCAUUACCGUCAUUGGGAACGCUUAGGUUUCCCAUAUGUGAAAGCAAAAGGACCUCUCGGUGUUUUAGAUUCGGUUUUACGCACCCGUCAAAAAUCCUUUGGCAUGGCAAUCUACGAUGCGUAUAAGCAAUCAUCUGAAAAGAUACUCGGUAUUUAUAUAAUCAAUCGUCCGGCUGUGCUUAUACGCGACGCUCAAUUAGCUCGCGAUAUCUUAACCAAAGAUUUUAUUAGUUUUCAUGAUCGUGGCGUUUAUGUGGAUGAAGAAAAUGAUCCCAUGUCUGGAGGUUUAUUUUUUUUGAAAGGCACAAAAUGGAAAACACUUCGCGCGAAAUUAACACCAUCGUACUCGUCGGGAAAAUUAAAAAGUAUGUUUAGUACUAUUCAAGAUGUUUCGCAAAAAUUAGUUAAUUAUUUGGAUUCCGAACUACCUGAGGAUGGCUCUAGUCGUAGAGUAGAGCUUAAGCACUUAUUUGCAACAUAUGCGAUCGAUAUAAUUGCAUCGGUUAUCUUUGGUUUAGAAGUAAAUAGUUUUGAGAAUCCGACAAAUGAGUUUGUCGCAUUAAGCAAGCAUAUCAACGGUAGUUCGUACAUUGCGAUGCUGCGAGGUACUUGUCAAUUUAUGUUUCCAAGCUUAGAGAAGUUCUUUCAAAGUUUAGGUUGGUCUGAAAAGGCUUCUGACUUUAUGAAUAAAAUCGUGAAGGAGACUGUAUGUUACAGAGAACAAAACAAUGUUGAGCGUAAAGAUAUGCUACAGAUAUUGUUACAGCUACGUAACACGGGAAAAAUCAAUACUGACGAUGAUGAUGGUCAUGUUAAUGCUCAGUUAUGGUCGGCGCAAAAGACGAAAGAAGCUCUAGAAUGGAUGACGGUAGACGUGAUAGCAGCUCAACUAUAUUUAUUCUAUAUAGCUGGAUUCGAAACCACAGCUUCUACCAGUGCUUUUACGCUAUACGAACUGGCUCGUUAUCCGAAGCUGCUACAAAAGGCACAACAAGAUGUUGAAAAAGCUGUUGAGCAACACAGUUCAUUAACCUACGAUGCCUUAAAGGAUAUGAAGUAUUUAGAUUUAUGCAUUAAGGGUAAGAAAUUAGUUAAAAAGAGUGUUAUAUUUGAUAUUUUUGUUUUUUUUUUUCACACAGAAACUAUACGUAAAUAUCCUGCCCUGCCGAUAUUAAAUCGUGAAUGCACUAACGACUAUCAAUUGCCGAAUUCCGAGUUGGUAAUCAAAAAAGGUACCCCAGUCAUUAUAUCAUUAUUUGGUAUUCAUCGUGAUGCAAAAUAUUUUCCUGAACCUUUACGUUAUAAUCCUGAGCGGUUUUCUGAACAAAAUCCAACUUUUGAUAGCAUUGCUUAUAUGCCUUUCGGUGAAGGUCCUCGUCAUUGCAUAGCUCAACGCAUGGGUCUCAUAAAUGUUAAAGUCGCUAUCGCCCAAAUAUUGCAACGCUUUAAAGUGGAAAUCAACGAAAAUAUGAAAGAGAUUGAAAUAGAUAACUUCGGUGUACCAAUAAUGGCGAAAGGAGGUGUUAAUAUAUUCCUAGCUAAAAAACUAAAUACUAUUUCAAAAUAAAUCAUCAAACUGGAAAAGAAAGAUUGCGCAAUAAGAUUGG